AUGUCGCACCUGGAGCCAAACUCCUUCGAUGUGUCCUCAGUGGGCCGGCAGACGAACUCCAAGAAGGAGACCUGCCCAGCCUACUCUUUUGGGACCUCGUCGCGGGAGGUGGCCUCUAUGAAGGUGUUUCUCUCGCCCAAGCUGACGGGACGAGCCAAGACAGGACUCAACUCACCCGGCCCCAUCUACGACGUGCCGACGGUGGUGGGGGCAGGUCCGGGCUAUGCUUUUCCUCAGGAGGAGCAGCGACCGCACAUCGGCGGGGCUCAGUAUCCGGAUAGCUCGGUGGACUUGACCUGCGCCGUGGUGGACAGCCAGAAGGUGAAGUUUCAUGGCCCUUCCUUCGUUCGCUUCGGCACGGAGUCUCGCAUGGCCCACAAGAAUGCUCAGAUCUUGGUGACCAAUCCGAAUCUGAUGCUGGGGAAGGAGUCACCAGGAGCGGCAGAAUACAGCCCGCAGGACAAGCCGGUGUACCGCCAGCAACCAAAGUUCAGCUUCGGCCCAGUCGAGGAGCGCGUUCCCUUCGUGAAGACGCCCCCGCGGCUGAUGCUGCCGGCGACGGGCACGCCCAGGACAGUCGGCCCGGCGUCACACCGGCAGCCGGCGGGGCUUGGGCGCCAGCCGCUGUCGGCACGCCGCUCCUCCCCGUCCUGGUCCUUGAGCGGCUCCUUCAUGCCCUCCAAGAACGACGAGGGCCCCAUGCUGGAUACUGCGCCCCAGUACAGCUGCCUUGGCAAGCAGGUCAACUCCACCUCGAAAACCUCGGCAAACUGCACUUUCGGCAAAGCCACUCGGGAGAAGCGCUCGAAGAUGACUGUGUGCAUGACGCAAACGGAUCGGGGCCCAGCCGGCACCAUGGCCAAGCAGCAAUUUCACAUGGACCUGCCCAGGACCGCCCCAGAGCGUGGAGUGAUACGGCACGGGCUCUAG